AUGGGCUUUUUCUCCCCGCAGUUUAAUGGUCACACGUGUGGAUCGCAAGUUGUAUCAGGGGACCUCGGGAGAUCACCUUGCUGCACAACUAGCCUAGAAUCCUUUGAAUGUAGGGAGGAGUCAGGGUCUGCAACACUUAAAGGAGAUGAAGGCACCACCAUCAAUUCUAAGUACACUUCAACAAGAACACUUGAAGUCAUUCGGACUCCUGAUGAAGGAAAAAUGUUACCUCAGAAUGAGCACAAUCAGAAAAGGAAAAUAUUAAUUGCAGAUGUUUCAUGUACAUCGUGCAAGCAACUUCUCUUUCAUCCUGUUGUUCUUAAUUGCGGUCAUGUUUGUCAAAGUCCACAUCCAAGAAGCUUACCAAAAGUUUCUUUGGCACUUGAUCACUUUUUGGAGGAGCAAUUCCCAGAAGAAUAUGCACAAAGAAGAGAUGAAAUUCAACUUGACCAAACCAAAGUCAAACCUAAGGUUCAGACCGCAUCUUGUUCAUUGCUUAACGGUGGAGACAUGAUAGCAUGGUUGUCUGAUCCCAGAUAUAAAGUUCACGUUGGAAUUGGUUGUGAUUUUUGUGGGAUGUUCCCUAUUACUGGGGAUAGAUAUAAAUGCCUUGACUGUAAGGAGGAGGUUGGUUUUGAUCUUUGUGGUGAUUGCUACAAGACCCAAGCAAGGCUUCCUGGCCGAUUUAAUCAGCAGCACGGCCCUGAACAUAGGUUUGAGCUUCUACGACUACAAAAUCCAGUAGUUAGGAGACAACAGGAUGAUCAAGAGCCACCAGAAAAUUUUUUGCCAUUAAAAUAUGGUUUAAAAUUUGCACCACAAACUCAAGAUCAGAUUGCAGAUCUUGAUCUCAGUGGGUGGUGUGCAUUUAUCAGAACUUGGAAACCACUAAAACUUGUGACAGAUACGCAUCACAACUGCUACGACUAG